AUGCCGGCUGACCCUGGGCCCGAGGCGGGCAGUGGCUGGCCGGGCUUCCUCAUGUCCUGCCUGAAGGGCCCCCAUGUCAUCCUCAAGAUGGAGGCCAUGAAGAUGGUCCACCCUGAGAAGUUCCCCGAGCUGCAGGCGGCCACCCCCUGCUUCCCACCUGCACCCCGGCCCACCCCCGCUCUGGCACCCAAGAGAGCCUGGCCCUCAGACACCGAGAUCAUCGUCAACCAGGCCUGUGGGGGGGACAUGCCUGCCUUGGAAGGGGCGCCCUGCACCCCACCGCUGCCACGUCGGCCUCGCAAGGGCAGCGCGGAGCUGGGCUUCCCCCGAGUGGCGCCGGCGGAUGAGGUCAUCGUGAAUCAGUACGUGAUUCGGCCUGGCCCUGCGGCCUCAGGGGCCUCCACGGCAGCGGCAGCGGCUGCAGGAGAGCCUCUGGAGUGCCCCACCUGCGGGCACACGUACAACGUUACGCAGCGGCGGCCCCGCGUGCUCUCCUGCCUGCACUCUGUGUGUGAGCAGUGCUUGCAGAUUCUCUACGAGUCUUGCCCCAAGUACAAGUUCAUCUCCUGUCCCACCUGCCGCCGCGAGACUGUGCUCUUCACUGACUACGGCCUGGCUGCGCUGGCCGUCAACACGUCCAUCUUGAGCCGCCUGCCACCCGAGGCACUGACCGCUCCGUCCGGUGGCCAGUGGGGGGGCGAGCCCGAGGGCAGCUGCUACCAGACCUUCCGGCAGUACUGCGGGGCCGCGUGCACCUGCCACGUGCGGAACCCGCUGUCUGCCUGCUCCAUCAUGUAGCGCCCACCCGCCCGCCACCGCCCACCGGUCCUCGCCCGCUGCUUCUUCAGGGAUCUGGCCCUGCCCUGUUGCCCACUGACCCCUUGCCCACCACAGCUUCUGGUCCCCACCCGCGUGGCACUGUCGCUGCAGCCAACUUUGCCAUUAAA